GCGCGUGCGCACCUCGUCUGCCUUUUGGAUUCCCGACGCGGGUCGUUGCUGUCGCUUCUUCUCACUGAGACGCGCCUGCCGUCACCAUGGUGAAGCUGAGCAAAGAGGCCAAGCAGAGACUGCAGCAGCUUUUCAAGGGCGGCCAGUUUGCUAUCCGCUGGGGCUUUAUUCCUCUCGUGAUUUACUUGGGAUUUAAGAGGGGUGCAGAUCCUGGAAUGCCUGAACCAACUGUUUUGAGCCUACUUUGGGGAUAAAGGACUGUUUGAUCAUCUGGAUUUGGAAGCAGUCAACAAACAGGAACAACAUGGAAGGUGUACACUCUGGAUGAAUAAGAGAUGGGACAUCUUUCAUACAUUCACCAGUUGGAUGACACAGGGCUCUUAGAUGCAUCUGUGGCAGAGUGGAACUUCUGUGGAUUUAUUUAUGAUAGACUAUAUCAAAAUAAAUGUUUUUAACAAUGUUAUGCCUUGAGUCC